GGGCCUGGAGGAAACACAGCUGGGAGUUCAUUACGGCUGGAAAACACUUGGAAAUGCAGGCAGAGCUUCACCAAAUAAAUUCUGCUGGCGAGACGUUGGGGACGGCGUGAAAAUAGUAACACGGACGGCUCAAGUUUGCAUCGAGCGAAACUGCCCAACACUGCGACUUAUUUGUUCCAGAUCUACAUUUGGAUGUCUGUGGCAACCUUUGCAGUCCAAAGAGGCAAUCUGUUGCCCUCGGUCUGGCUAAAUAAAACUGUUUCAGAGCCUCGAGUGUUAUGUGACCUUUUAGAGAAAAGAUAACUUAUGUUUUUUGGGGGGGAGGAAUGUCUAGCACAGUUUUACUCCUAAUUUUAGGUUUGAAAGUAGAGGGAAAAACAUUCUUCUAGAAGAAGAUGCCUAUAUUUGCUUAUAUUUCCUACCUACUAACAACAGAUGGGUAUAAAUAAAAAUGACAGAAUUAAAUAAAAACAUACAGAUUAUUCAAUUUAGCACUAAAUUAUGUCAUUAGAUUAUUAAAUAUAUCAAUAUACCAUGAAAUUUUGAAAUUGCAAUUAAAUAAUCAGAUGCCCCAUAAAAUAAUUAAAUCUACCUUGUUAGAUAAUGAAUUAAAUCAUAAAAUUUGUGUUUAUUUCUUAUUAAAGAAAUCCUUUAUUCAAUAAUCUAACAAUAAUUUCACAGUGUAUUCAUUCAUUUCAUGGCUCCUGUGAAAUAAUUUAACACAUCAAACUCAGUGGGCGGCACGAAUCCUGUGAAAUCCAUUGAUUUGUUCUGUUUGUUUUGUGUUCAAGCAUUUUUUUUGUGCAAGAUUGUGCUACUGUAAAAACAAAUUAAUAUAUUUUAAAGCUUCCUAUACAUAUUUACAAAAUAUAUAUAUAUAAUGUCAGAGUUGAAGUCCUAAACUGGCAGAUGAUUUUGGUGUUUAACCCUCAAGUGGAUUAAACAUCCUCAGAUUCUUUGUUUGCUUCAAAGAAUAUGAAGCAGACAUUUUUUACAGUGUAAAUCAAUACACAGCAUAAAAUCUGAGGUCGAGAGGCAUAAAGCUGUGUUGCUUAAGCUUGAUUUAUGUCCUCGUGUGUGUGUGUGAGACACAGGGAGAUCCAGCAUACAUCUGCGCCGCAGGAGCAGGACAGGAGCCAAAGAGGGGAGGGAAGGGGUCCCCAGGGGGCCCGGAGUCAGAUGCCUACAUCUAGUGUCGGAGAAGAACGAGCCAUCUUGUUGGGCUUCACCAUGAUGGCUUUCUCUGUGCUCAUGUUCUUUGUGGUUGGCAUUACCACGGUCAAGCCUUACAUUGACAGUUGCUGGGAGGAGGCUAGUUGUGUCCUGCCUCAGACUCAUAUCCUGGAAGAGUGGGUGGACUGCAGAGGGGUGAGCACGGUGCCCUGCCUUACCGUGACCGUCAGCGUCACCGGCUCCAACGAGUCGGCCUUUCUCCAGUUUGACGAGGAUUCCGUCUUCCUUCCAAACGAGUGUUUCUAUCUCCCCAAGUGCCAACUGGACAGAAAAGGGCUUCAGGACGAAGUGCAGAAAGUGAAAAAGUGGGUGGACGGCCACCUGAAGAACAGCUCCAUGUGUUUCAGUGACCAAAAAGGGCACCCCCACCAUGUCAUCCUGAACAGGAAGUAUACCCUGCGGAGGGCGCUGUUCGGACUGCUGUGGCCCUGUCUGAUGCUGGCUGGCGGAUCUUUAUUGGUGGGACUUGUGAAGCUGACACAGUGCUUGGCCCGUCUGUCCACUGAUGUGAGAAGUUAUUCCAGAGGAGGAAGGCGGACUUUGAAAUACACUCAGGGCAAAAUGUACAAACUCCUCCGGAGGUCAAGCAUGCAAUCUACCUUGUGACUUAUGGCGGAACACACACCGGUUGGAUUUGAGGAAGUGAGACAUUUUGUGGUCUUUGAGAUCACAAAAGAAAAAGAAGGUUGAGAGUACCACUUGACUGGUCAAAAAAAAGAGUUUACGGUUUAAAUCCCCAGAGAUCUACAUAUUUCUAAAUCCUGUUAUACCUGAGGAGCUGGUUAUUGACCAGGUCAGGCCUAAUCUGAUAAGAUCAAAAUCUUAUGGCGAUUAUUUAAUCUCACUUCAGUUUGAGCCAAUGGUGGUAAAGUAAUAGAAACAAAACCUGUCAAGUCUAAGUAUGCUUUACCAGUGAUGCCUUAAUGUUGUUCUUACAAGUAACUUUUCAGAAAGAUCUGGUAGCUUGUUUUAAGUUACAAAUUAAUUCAUAUUGAUGACAAAGUACUAUUUCAAUUGGCUGAUUAUUAUAACAAAGCAUCUUUCCCAUGUUAUAAGUGAAAUAAUCUACUAGUGGAACCAGUACUUUUUCAUCAAUAUUGAGGAUUUUUUU